GCGGUGGAAGAUGCAAGAAGUGAAGAUCGCGCAGCUCUGCCAGCGGCUGCUUAGGGCGCCCACCGGCCCAUUGAUCGGCCUCGACGUAGGCACGCGCUACAUUGGCAUCGCUGUGUCUGAUUCAGAGUAUCGCAUUGCGCAUCCUCACAGUGUCAUCGACAUCAAAGGAGGACCCGCGGGCUAUGCUUCGAAUGUGCUCGGAACGCUGGUAAAGACGCUCUCAGCGCCGGGGCUCGUCAUCGGCUAUCCUCUCAGGAUUACAGGAUUUCAAGGCUACCAGGGUCCCUUGGUGGAACAAUUUGUGAGAGAGCUCCAGCAGAACCAAAUGCUCCAGGAUAGCUGUUUCGUUUUCUGGGACGAGCGUCUUACAUCCAGAACAGUGGAAGGUGCUAUUAGCUUCUUAAAACUGGAGCCUCGUCGAAGGAAACAGAUUGUGGACAAGAUGGCUGCGCUUUGCAUUCUGCAAAGCUGCCUUGACAAUAUGGCAAAAAACAAGGAUCGCCAUCUCCUGGUUUUGCAGCCUGUACAGACUACUCAAGACUGUCUGUAGGUUUUAUCACUGGAACGCAUUGCUUCAAUGGUUACUCCCAGGUUUGUAGUCCGCUUAUUUCCGGCAAAGCUGUGAGUGUGGACAGUUUUUUAGUCUUAAUUCUCAAACCUCGAUUGUUUUUUGCUGUCAA